AUGCCAUACUUGGGUCUCAAGGGAAAUGGCCUGCUGACGGGUAUCACCCUUUCUUCAGGAAUGGGAUUUGUUUUGUUCGGAUACGAUGACGGAGUUAUUGGCGGCCUUCUCACAGCACCUACCUUCGAGGCGGUAUUUAACCUCAGCAGCAAUAUGCAAGGGACCGUCACGUCGCUGUUCAUCAUCGGUGCUCUUGUCGGCUGUCUCUUCACUGGCGUCAGUAAUGGUAGAUGGGGUCGGUUGACCAUCACCCAUAUCGGCUCGGUUAUAUUGAGUAUUGGAGCGACAUUGCAGGCAGCCAGUUUCGGGGUGCCUCAGUUGAUAGUUGGCAGAGUGGUGGCUGGUGUUGGGCUCGGCUUGGUAACCAGCAAUGUCAUUGUGUGGCAAUCAGAAAGUGCACCAAGACAAGUACGAGGCAUGAUGGUGGCAAGUGCGCUGAGUCUGUUGAUUGUCGGACAGCUACUUGCUUACUGGAUUGACUAUGCAAUGUCAGGGUAUACUUCUAGUGUGGGAUGGCGCUUUCCACUCGCUUUCCAGGCCUUUAUUGCCAUCUUGACCAGUGUCAUGUUGUUUUUUAUGCCUGAAUCUCCUCGUUGGUUAUUUCAACAAGACCGCACGGAAGAAGCGACUGAAAUCCUGCGACUCCUUCAGACGCAUAAAGGUGUCGUUGAUGAGCAUGCACUCGCUAGUACAAUAGCCGACAUUGUUGAAGCGCUUGAGGUAGAGAAGAAACAGGCCGGAUGGAAAGAGCUCCUCACAGAAGAUGCUGUUGGAUCUCGUCGGCGAGUCCUCUUGGCCUGUCUACUGAAUGCUUGUCAGGCCUGGAGUGGCAGCACCCCAAUCAGUUACUACACUACGGUCAUCUUCGAAAAUUCAGUCGGUCUUCCCCACCAGCUUGCGCUUCUCAUGUCCGGGUUCCUGCAGAUUUGGUUCUUAGUGGCCUCUUUUGGGACCUGGUACGGAAUCGAGAAGUUUGGGCGCCGAAAAUCUUUCAUGUUCUCUGCAACAUCAAUGGCAAUCGUCAUGGCCAUUUUAGCAGCCUCUCUCGCGGUCAACACUCACGCAGGCGGUAUUGUAGCAGCCAUAAUGGUGUUUCUGUAUCAGAGCUUUUAUACGUGGGGAUUCAUGGGCGGCCUUUGGUGCUAUGGACCAGAAAUCCUUCCUCUCGCUCACCGCACGAAAGGCUCCGGCCUCGCAACAGCCUGUCUGUGGCUUUCCACCUUUGUCGUCGUCGAGUUUGUUCCAUCUGCCCUGGACACCAUCGGUUGGAAAACCUAUAUUAUUUUUGCCGUUUUCAACCUUGCUUUUGUGCCGAUGGUCUAUUUCCUCUUUCCCGAGACGGCAGGUUUCACGCUAGAGGCCGUAGAUCUGGCUUUUAUGGACAAGGAGAAGGGACCCGUGAAAAGAGCAGACGAGCUGUGGCAGGUUAUUAAGAGAGGCGGAGAUAUCGGAUUGAGAGAAGAAGUGGCGCAGGAAAAGAAAAAUCAAAUGUUGGAUGUAGAGAUGGUGGAGAAUGUUUGA